CAGUGCGUAUACACAGCGAGAGCAAAUUAUAUACCGUUUGCUCCGUUCGCGGAGACUUUUAACUUUUUUAUCGGUACUUACCAAGUAUACACAACUUCCGUCGAAAGAUGAGCGAACCCUCAGAAUCGACUUACCUGGGGCUCGAUUUCAGUACACAGCAGUUAAAAGCUGUCGUCAUAGACGACAAUUUCAACGUUUUGCACGAAACCAGUGUCCAGUUUGACAACGAUUUGCCCGAGUUUAGGACGUAUGGAGGAGUUUUACAAACGAAGGAAGAGCCGAACGUGGUGACAGCCCCGACCCUCAUGUGGGUGAAAGCCUUGGACAUGAUUUUAGAUCGUUUGCGAGUGUGCGGCGUCGAUUUCGGCAAAGUUGCUGCGAUAAGUGGAUCGGCGCAGCAACACGGAACGGUGUACUGGGGUAAGGGCAGUAGGGCCGUCCUGCAGAGGCUAGACCCCGAAAAGUUCCUGCACGAACAGCUCGCCUCGGCUUUCUCGGUAUCCCAAUCCCCCACGUGGAUGGACUCGAGCACCACGGCCGAGUGCAAGCAGCUCGAACGAGUCCUCGGGGGACCGGAGAAAUUGGCGGAAAUCACCGGAUCUCGGGGAUACGAGCGGUUCUCUGGUGCCCAGAUCAUGAAAAUCCACAAAAAAAAGCCAGACGCCUACGAAAACACAGAGAGGGUAUCUUUGGUGAGCAACUUCGCAGCGUCCCUCUUCCUGGGCGACUACGCGCCGAUCGACUGGGCCGACGCCUCGGGCACAAACCUGUUCGACCUCCGGGCCAAAGUCUGGCGGGACGAGCUGUUGGAGGCCUGCGCUCCGAAUUUGAGGUCAAAGCUGGACGACGCCGUGUCCUCGAGCUCGCUCGUGGGGCCGAUUUCGCGUUACUACACCGAGAGGUUCGGCUUCGACGACAACUGCAAGGUAGUUGCCUUCACCGGCGACAACCCUGGCUCUUUGGCCGGCAUGAGACUGAAAGAGGGAGACGUGGCUGUCAGUCUUGGCACAAGUGACACCCUCUUUCUGUGGCUGCACGAGCCCAAAACUACUUUGGACGGACACAUCCUCUGCAAUCCCCUGCAAGACGACGCCUACAUGGCUAUGCUGGGAUUCAAAAAUGGCUCGUUGACGCGCGAGCGUAUAAGGAACAGCGCAGCCGGUGGCGACUGGCAGAUAUUCAACGAGCUGCUGGACAACACGCCGCGGGGUAAUUUCGGCAAUUUCGCCCUGUACUACGACGUGCGGGAGAUAACGCCCGGUGUGGUUGCGGGCGAUCACCGUUUCAACAAGCUCAACGAGCGCAUCGUUCGGUACAGUUCGAAAGAGGUCGAGGUGAGGGCGCUGAUCGAGGGCCAGCUCGUCGCCAGGCGAGCCCAUGCCGAGGACUUUGGUUUCGUCAUCGGCCCGAGCACGAGAAUCAUCGCGACGGGAGGAGCUUCCGUGAAUAAACUGAUCCUCCAAGUGAUGGCCGAUGUUUUCAACUCACCCGUUUACGUUUUGGAGACAGCCAACUCGGCAAUGAUGGGAGGAGCUUACAGGGCGAAGCACGCGCUUUACAAGGACGAGCUGGCGUUUAGCGACAUUAUCAAUAAAUUGCCAGAAGCGAAGCUACUGUGUCAGCCGUACGACGACGCGGCCAAAAUUUACGAACCAAUGGUGGAACGGUACAGGAGGAUCAUCAAAGAAUUACUGGAUGAGCAGAAAUUAUAGACUAAUGGCAAUGUUAUUGCGCAUUUCUCCAUUAUUGAGAGGCUUCCUUGUGUGUAAUCAAGAAAUAUCUUUUUAUACGCACUACAAUCAUGCAUUCCGCGGAGAAAAGUUAUAGCUUUGUAUGUGAUUUACGUCGAAAGCGCAACGGGGGUAUUAUUUUUAAAAAAUCGUUUGUCGUUGUUGUUGUCAGUGCCUUUGUAAAAUUUUUACGACACACACGCACAAAUGUCGCGCUUAUACAUUAUUUAUACAUUAUACAUCUCAAAGUGCAAUUAUGAUCUGUUUAUAUAGAUGGAAUUUGUUAGAAAAAUUUUAUUUAUUCAUAUUAUUGUAUAAUAUAUGGUAUUUAUCCAACAA